GUUCCACGAUGCAGUGGACGCACCCCGCGAGCCACCCAGCCACGCUGCGCCAGAUUCUAUGUCGACGUUUCCUCAACAUCGAGCGAUGCACGAUGCGGGUCCAUUUACCCCAGCCAUCCAAACCGGACAUCACCAUGGCUCGCACGCCCUUCAUCAGCAAGCCGCCGUGAGCGGCCCUUAUGUGCCCUGCCCAUACGAGGACAAGGUCACCAAGGACGGCACUACAGCUCGCAUGGUCCUCCUGUUUCUGCGGGAACUACUCGAGCAGCUAUCUCUCGGGGAGCAAGCUCAGCAGAGCUAUGGAUGCCCCAUGACCCGCUGCCACAGGAGCUUCGCGGCCCCGCUGCAGGUCGUCCAGCACCUCCUGUCCUGCCCGGAGCUCCCUAACGGCGAGUUCGAUUGCGACAAGUGCAGUACUAGCCACAGCUUCCCGACCAACGAGAAGGAUUGGGCGCAGUGGGUGGGCUGGCGAUCGCCGCAACCCAUGCACAUCCAGCGGAAACGGAGCCUCGGGUCCAAGAUGAAGGACUUUGCUCUGCGCAAGAAGGACCCGUCGCGCAAGCAAACUUCGGCCUUUGACUCGAACUUCAAGAACGCUUCCUCCAUGGACACGCGACCCAGCACGGCCACCUCUGACGCGCCCAGCUCUAUCUUCACUACUAAAGGCUUCCAACAGCAUGCCGUCUUCCCCGGCCAGAAUCCGGAACCACCCUCCUUCUCGGCUGUCCAGAAGCCGGUGCUGCCAUCGAGCCUCCCCGAGGUCGAUCCCGGCAUGUUCUGGCCCGGUUUCAACGGGACCGCUUCUGACCUCCCGUCGACGGUGUCCUCAGUUGCCCUUUCUUCCACAGUGGAUGAAACCCAAUCUGAGCGUCUUUCGCAAAACACUUCGCAGAGCACGCUUUUUACCUCGAACCUAGAUCCAUACCAAAACACGGUUGGCUCGCCACAAGACUCCGACAUCUCGGCCUCACAACAAUACAUGUACCCUCCACAACUACCCUUCAACCCCGGUCUGACAUCUAUUCCUAGCCAUGUACCAACCACGUCGUCCAUGUGCCUAGACGAGCCUCUCCCGUUGUCGCAGAGCCCUGUCCCCCCGGCAGACCUUCGCUCGGCCGGCUCAAAUGACAACGGGUGGUGGCGGCCAAAGGCAGAGGCCGAGACACCUCAGCCCACACCACCAUCGUCCGGCCCGGAUCCUGGCUUCCCCCUCCAGGCUAACGUGCUGGGCGGCCUAGCGCAGGGGAUUGGCAGCGGGAUGUCGAGUCCGACAUCGCCGAGCACAGCCGCAUCUCCGUUUUACCAAAUACAGCAACCACCGUCGACCCAGUCCAUGUCGCGGGCGCUGAGCCAAGAGUCGAUGCAAAGCGGCAUGACGACAGUCUUUGGGACGCCGAUUUCAGAAGGAGGCGGGCCCGGCGCUGCAACACCACGCGCCGAGAGCCACCAACCACCCGCCCACCAACACAAUCAACAACAAGGUCAGCAGUCAGCUGCUGUCUCGAGCAAACAAGAGACGGCGUCGGUCGAAGACCUCGUCUGCGACGAGUGCCAAUGGAAGCCCAGGGGCGUCAGGGAGAAUCUGAAAGGGUACCUGCGCAAGCACAAAAAUACCCACAAAGGUGUCCGGCUAGCGUGCGACGUGCCGGGAUGCGUCAAGACGUUCAGCCGGCUGGACAAUCUCAAGAAACACAAGAAGGACAAGCACGGAAUAGAAGACGCCGGCGGCUCUGGGAGUGCGAAGCGCGCGGCGGGCGAGUCGGCCGGGAACGGUGCCCAACAGGAGGCGGAGUCGAAGCGGCCACCCACCCGCGAGUCGCACCACAUGCCCAUGAGCGUCCCCAUCGUGUCGGAGGAUUAUUCCAUGCUGUGGCCCGCGCUGCAUUUUUAAAAGAGGGGGUGGAGCGGAUCAGAGAGUUAGCCAGCGGCCGGUUAUGUUAAGCGGUCGUUUUGCCGAGACAAAAACAAGCCAUUAAAGGCGCUUGUCGACGCAUUCGUUGCAACAUCUCCUUUGCUUUCUUGAUUUCUCUGUGCCAUACUAGGGUUGGGCCGAGGGAAGGACCUCGGAAGAGAGGGAGCGGCUCGAGCAAAACGCAUCUUGUUUUCCUUUUUCUUCCCAUUUGUGUUCCGGUCUGGAUUUACGUCACAAAUACCCACGAGCAGGGUACCUGAAGGGACCAAGCCACCAACGAAACUCUCGCUGCUUAGCGUUUGAUUUGGCAUUGAAAGCAUGCGUUGUCAAUCUAACUUUUUUAAUCUCGG